UCCCCUAGGCCAGGGGUCUCCAAGACCUCGACAAAUAAUAUUUUCGAUGAUAUCCAGCCUCCAGAAGAGCACAAGGUGGCCAAGGAGGCUUCCCAACCUGUGCAACCCAAGACGGCGCCGGCCGAAAGUAAAACUGUCACUUUUCUUGUUGCUGUUGUUGCGACUGCACUGGCCGCCUCGCCCCGCCCCACAUCCCCGUCAUCUUCCUACGCAGCGGCUGCCUUUCGCUUCUCUCCCCGGUCGCCCGGUUGCCGGACACCUACCUGCUCAGGGCGUGCCGGGCUGCGGCGGGGUUGUUUUCCCCCCUUUCGCCCCGCGACGCAUGGAGAAUGGAGGAGGCGGGAACGACCCGCUUAGCCCUUUUCUGGAGGAGGUGGAAAGGCCCCAGGCGGUGGCGGUGGCGGCCUCGUUGUCGUCGUUAUUCCGAGGCAGGGCUGUUUGGCCCAACCGAUUCUUGCUGUGCCUCUACGCGGUGGGCUUUCUGGAUUUCUUUGGUGUCAGUAUGGUUGUUCCCUUAUUAAAUCUUCAUGUGAAAUCUUUAGGAGUGAGUUCAACAAUUGCAGGAGUGGUAGGAUCUUUAUAUGGAAUACUCCAACUCUUUUCCAGCACCUUAGUGGGAUCUUGGAGUGAUCUAGUUGGAAGACCCCAUUGCCUACUUGUAUGCAUCCUCUUCAGUGCAUUAGGUUAUUUUGUGCUUAGCAUAUCCACCAAUGUGUUUUUAUUUGCCAUUGCUCGAACCUUUGUGGGUAUUUUCAAGCAUACACAUUCCGUUUCCAAAGUGCUCAUUUCUGACAUGGUUCCUAAGAAAGAGCGCCUCUUAGUAAUUGGAUAUUUCAAUGCUUUUUCGAAUUUUGGUUUCAUUUUGGGACCAGUUGUUGGAGGCUAUCUUACAGAGCUGGAAGGUGGUUUUUACCUGACUGCAUUCAUCUGUGCUUCCAUCUUUGUCUUGAAUGCUGUUGUUUUUUGGAUGUUGCUACGGUAUGGAAAAAAGAUGCACAGUCGUGAAUGGGCCAUUAUUAACAAAGCCAGAAGUUAUAUUUCAGAAGAAGUAAAGCACGGCCUUAAUACUGCAACUUCAUCUUACAAAGCCAUGUCAUCUGCUCAUCCUAGGAACUCCUCUUGCAUUGAAGUUAUGUCUGUGCUGAAGAGGCUUGGCAGUGUUGCAAAUUCUAAUCUGUGGGAUGUUUUUUUGGUACGGCUCCUGAUGUCUAUUGCGGUUAUGCUCUAUCAUAGCAAUUUUGUCUUGGGCCUUGAAGAAAGAUUUGGAAUGAAGCCCAAACUCACUGGCUACCUAAUUAGCUAUGGUAGCACACUUGGAGUAGUUGCUGGCUUUCUUCUUGGACCUAUCACUAAAUAUUAUAGGCACAAUACUUUUGCUAUGUUAUUACACUCUACUCUUCUUACCUGCCUGUUUAUGUUUCUGUAUUCUGUAUCAGAAAGUCUUUGGACAAUCGUUUUGUCUUGUACAUUUUUAGCAUUUUCAACCACUGUGGGACGUACGUGUAUUACAGAACUUGAACUAAUGCUGGGUGGGGAUCAGGCCAGUGGUAUGCUCAUUGGUGUUGGUCAAUCUGUUUCAGCUGUGGGUCGCAUACUUUCCCCUCUUCUCUCAGGUGUUGUGCAGGAAUACAGUCCACGUGGCCCACCAAUUCUUGGAAGCCUGUUGGGGAUUUCAGCAGUUCUCAUCAUGGUCUUUAAUAAGUCACGAUAUUCUGUCAGAAGGACCAUGAAAUUUAAAAACAUUGAUGAAUCCGCAUACAGAUGGGAGGUUGAACGACUAGCCUCGUGGUGCGACUGGAACAAUCUGGAACCGAACACACUCAAAACCGUAGAAAUGGUGGUAGACUUUAGGAAAAACCCUUCCAUACUUCCACCUCUUACAAUACUAGACAACACAGUAUCAACAGUAGAAACUUUCAAAUUUCUAGGUUCUACCAUAUCGCAAGAUCUAAAAUGGACAGCUAACAUCAAAAACGUCAUCAAAAAAGCACAAGUUCUACAGACGAAUUAUUGAGUCUGUUAUCUGCACUUCUAUUACAGUCUGGUUUGGUUCUGCAACCCAACAAGAAAGACACAGACUUCAGAGGAUAAUUAGAACUGCAGAAAAAACAAUUACUACCAACCUGCCUUUCAUUGAGGAUCUUUAUACUGCACAAGUCAAAAAGAGGGCUGUGAAAAUAUUUACAGACCCCUCACAUUCUGGACAUAAACUGUUUCAACUCCUACCCUCAAAAUGACGCUAUAGAGCACUGCACACCAGAACAACUAGACACAAGAACAGUUUUUUCCCGAAUGCCAUCACUCUGCUAAACAAAUAAUUCCCUCAACACUGUCAAACUAUUUACUAAACCUGGACUACUAUUAAUCUUCUCAUCGUUCCCAUCACCCAUCUCCUUCCACUUAGGGCUGUAUGACUGUAACUUUGUUGUUUGUAUCCUUACGAUUUAUAUUGAUAUUGAUUGUUUCCCAAUUGCUUAUUUGUAUCCUAUGAUUAUCAUUAAGUGUCGUACCUUAUGAUUAUUGAUGAACAUUUCUUUUAUGUACACUGAGAGCAUGUGCAACAAGACAAAUUCCUUGUGUGUCCAAUCACACUUGGCCAAUAAAAAAUUCUACUCUAUUCUAUUCUAUUCUCUUGUUCCAGCUCAUCUUCCCCCACAGAUUCAAACUCCGACGGGGGCGUGACAUUAUCACUGUGGAUGAAAUACUUUGAGAUAGUUUGAUCAGAUAGAAUAGACGACUGAGUUGAAAAACAACUAUAUGAAGGAAAAGUGAAUUAUCAAGAAGGAAGCAAAAACUGAGAAUCUUAUAAUUUGGUUGAGCUAAUAGGAACCUCACAAAGAGUAAAAAAUGGCAGUAUACAAACCAAUAUAAUAAAAAUACUUCUUUUAGUUCAGUGAUACUGACAUCUUCUGUUCUGUGAGUUCUUACAAAUAUUUAUCCUUUACAAAAACUAAUUUCAUUGUUACCUGUGAGACAUGCUACCACAAAACUCUGUGUCUUACAUCUCCACAUUUUUAUCUUGAUGGAGAGAAAUAGGAAGGGCAUACAUGAACACCAGCAGGAAAUUUACCUUUUAAGGCUUCACCAUAAUAAUAAUUAAAGCUUUUCUACAGAGAAUACAGAAAAAGGUGUUCAAGAGCUUCAGCUUCAUCUGAAUGUAGAAAAGGAAUUUCAUUCUGCAAGUUUUUCAUUUUCAGGCUCCAGGUUUUGUUUAACCAUGAAAAUUAUAUCAACCUUAAUUCCUGUUAGUGAUUCAUUUUCUAGCGUGCCAAAUGUUCCUUAAAUUCCAUCAGUCAGGAUUGUAGUAACGUGGCAGAAUUAUUUCUUGCAGCACUCAAACAACCAUAAAACAUGGUAAUUAUAAAUGUGUGCAAAAUAAUAUGAGACCUUCAAUUCUUAAGUUCUUUUGUGAGUUUUUGAAUUUUUAACCACUCUUAUAAAGCUGUACAGCUGAGUCAAAAUGGUUAUAAUUAGCAAAUGUUCCUUCAUGUGGCAAUAGUAGGUGAUAGCCUACUAUUGCAAAUAUGAAUCAAAAUUACAGGAGCAGGAAAGAAGUAUACUCUCUUGAUUUACAGUACAGCAAAACUCCAAACUAAAUGAGUUAAUAGUAAUUUCAACAGGGUUGAAAUAUGCUGCGUCCUGUGUAACAUGCAACUUAACCAUAUGCUGGAUGAAAAUGUUAACAUUGUACCAAUAAAUUAGGUUUGAAUUUUCUCACAUUGUCAAUUUGGCUAAUUGUACAAAUGUUACUUUAUCCUGUUACCUAAUAGAUAUCGAUAAAGAACAUUUGUUCCCAUUGCACCUUAUCAAUGUCCAUCCAAAAGUCCAAGUAACUUUUAUGUUGUCAAAAUGUUAUCAGAUUCUUCUCCAGAGAUGGCCUGCAUUAAAACUAAUAACAUCAACUGAUGGCUGAUAUAUUUAAAACAAUGUCUUUUAUGUUGACAAGAACAGAGUUUUCUAUUCUAAAAGACCAAAGAAAGUUAUUUGUGUAUUUACCAAUAGAUGGCACUAAAGACUUUUUUUCAGCCGUUUAAUGUUGAACUGAAUUUUAGCUCAAAGCAAGAGCAUCAAACAACAGUGCGCCACAAUAUUGUUACUAUGCUUAGGCGGCCUAAGUCAAAAGUAUAAUGUAUCGCCAUCACAUAUUCUGGAGCCCCAUUGCAUUUUUAUUUUUUUUUACUAUCCGUAGGACAAUUUCAUUUGUAAAGCAAAUACUGAUUAAUUUAAGUCUAUAUUUCUAGCAUUCUAUCAAAAAGAGCAUAAAUAACUGUUUGGAAAACACUUCUGAUUUGUGUUGAUAUGGCCUACAGGCUAAUCAAUAAAGCUAAUCUAGUAAUCUUCUGGUUUGUGAUUAAAUAUAUGUAUGUGGGUAUGUACAAUAAGUGCAUUUUAUUUAUUUUUUUCUUCAAAUGGCAAACUAUUUUCAAAGAAAAUAGAUCAUUAGUAAUAGUGCAUGUUAAAAGAGCAUUACAGCAAAACUUUUAAAGACACUCCUGCUUGUUUUAAAGCAAAGAUUCUUUUAAUUAUAUUGCUGCUUUUUAAAAAUAAUUCUGUAUCUAGGGACACAUAAUUUUAAAAUAACUUCAAUAUGUUUAAAUAAAUAAACUUAAGACCA